AUGAAGGUCUUUGCACUUCUCGCGAUAUUAGAAGAAACUGUACAACAAGAGACUCAAGGAAUUCAGUUUGAUUCUCCAUCAAUAAAUUUACCAACUAGCGAUUUAACUAGAUCUAAAGAUUAUACAAUUAGCACGGAUCCGUAUUUAUGGGACCUAAAUGAAGUAACACGAGAUUUUAUAACUGUCAAUAGUACACCACAAAAUAUUAAUGCUGAUUUUGAUAAGUCAAGGAAUGUUCAUAGCGAUAAAACACGAUUUCGUUCAACAAAAUUAUUUAAAAGAAUUAUGAAAAAUGGUGAAGUUAAACCUCGUGCAUGGUUAAUUUGUUCAGAAACUAAAGGAUCGGUAUUUUGUGCCCCAUGUCUUUUGUUUGGCAAUAAUAAUGAGACAAAUGCUUUUACUGGCGAAGGUUUCCGUGAUUGGAAAAACUCAAAAACCCGUGUUGAAGGUCAUGAAAACUCUAGUAUUCAUAAAACUUGUGUGAGUCAAUUAAAAACUCGAGUAACAGCUCGAGGACGAAUCGAUCAAUUUCUCGCACAACAGCUCGAUGAAGAAAUUUCGUAUUGGAAAAAUAUUUUACAUCGGGUAGUUGCAAUCGUCAAAUCGCUUUUAAUAAGAGGACUGCCAUUCCGAGGACAUUCGGAACAAUUGGGAAAUCCUCAUAACGCUGAUCACUUGAAAACAUUUGCGCAUCCAGGCAGUGGAAGUACAUCAUAUUUAUCAAAAACAAUCUAUGAAGAAAUUAAAUUGUUAAUACAUAAUCAAGUAUUGAAACAAAUUUCUACUGAAAUGCAAAAUGCUAAAUACUUUGGAAUUAUUAAUGAUUUCGACGUAAUGAACUGUCGUGGUCAGUCCUACGACAACGCAAGUGAUAUGUCUGGUAUAUAUUCAGGUGUUCAGGCACGAAUUAAAACACUCAAUCCUUUAGCUGAUUAUGCUCCUUGUGCUGCACAUUCAUUAAAUUUAGUUGGAACUUGCGCAGCUGAAUCAGUCCCUGAAACACGGACAAAUCGAAAUCCUAAAAGUCUUUCUAAGACUCGUUGGUCUGCUCGACAUGAUGCAUGCUAUGCAUUAGAAAAAGAAUGGUCUGAUAUACUUGAUGCAUUGAAUUAUAUUGCAACAAGUACAGAUCAAAAACCAAAUACACGUUCCGAAGCUAUUGGACUGCAAAAAAACAAAAAACUUCAACAAUCACAAAUUGACUUAUCAACCGUUGUCGAACUUUAUGAUUCACUUGCUUCGUUUCUUCAAGAUAUGAGAAAUAAUCAAUUUUCCUACUAUGAAGAAAAAGCAAAAUUGCUCUCAGAAGUUAGAAAUCAUUACGCACAUGAUACUCGACGUAAAAAAAUUCGAAAGCUCCAAUCAGAUGAGUCAAGAGUAAAUGAAAGGGAACCUUACUCUGGCCAUGAAAAUUUUCGUACCAAUAUUUAUUACCGCAUUCUUGAUAUUUUAAAUGUAGAACUAAUUAGACGUAAAGAAGUAUACAAACAGCUUCACGAUAAUUUCAGUUUUUUCGAUAAUUUACCUGAUAUUAAUAUAAAUCAACUCACGGAGCUAACAGCAAAGGCAGUCGCAACGUACCCGGAUGAUUUAGAAGAAGCAUUAAAUAAUGAGUGCAUUCAUUUGCAGUGUUACUUAAAACAACUAUCGAGCAAGGUUUAA